GUACUGCGUUGUGUUUGCGUGACUGGGUAAGAAGGCAGUGGUAACAAAUGUGUGGAUGAACGAGGCAAGUGACAAUAUCCGAAAGAAGAAGCUGGUUGUUGGUGUUCGCCAGCAACAAAGACGAAUGAAAUUGGCUGCAGAACAAAUGCUUGCUGCUACCAGUGAUCCCAACACCAUCAACGAUCCUCAACCAGUCAUAGCUAUACCUGAAUUGGUAGAUGAUCCAGUUCAACAGCACACACCAGAUAUUAAUAGUAUUGGAGAGAAUGUAAUCAAUUUAGUUGAUGGAGCAUGCCCUUAUGCUAGUGAACAUUAUUCAUCUGCCGAGAAAAUUGAAGAGGAUAACUGUUUCAGUGAUGCAGAUUCUUACCAAGCAUUCGAUGACGAUGAUGGUGAGCAGGCGUGUGAAUUAUUAAGUGACAUGCAAACUCUGCUCAGUUCCGACGAAGAACAAAUUGAUAAGGAAAAAGUUGAAGAAAAUGCAAGAAUGAAAAGUUCCCUAGCAGAAUGGGCGAUUCAAUGCAACAUACCAAGAUCUCACGUCAACAACCUUCUUCGACGACUUAAGUCUGACUAUGGGCUAAAUUUACCAAUAGAUAGCAGAACUUUGCUAAAAACUAUGAGGAGUAAGCCAAAUUUGAGAUCCGUAAUGCCAGGACAGUAUGCGCAUUUUGGUUUGGCAAAAGGACUGCUUACAUUGUUUUCGUACCACAAAAUCGACAGCGCCGUCACCAAAAUUCAAAUUAUCAUUCAUGUAGAUGGAAUACCAAUUUCAAAAAGCAGCGGGAGCCAGUUCUGGCCUAUCCUUUGUUCGAUACAUGGCUAUAAAGAAAGUAAGGUGGUCAUCAUCGGUAUAUACCAUGGGCUUAAGAAACCCGCUAACGUCAAUGAUUUUCUCUCCGACUUCGUAUGUGAAGCAAUCAAAGUGCUACAAGAAGGUCUUAAAUAUGAUGGAAGAGUACUUGAAGUUCAAAUAGCAGCUCUCGUUGGCGAUGUAUGGUUAUAAUGGUAUAUGCAAGAUGUAUGGUUACAAGUGUUG